CACGUCCCUGUUCUUUUAUCGCAGCCAGUCGCUUUUCCCACUCUGAGCUCAACAUGAAGUUUUCGACGUCAACUGCUAUCAUCUUGUUAGUUGGUUUGGUCUGUCAUCCAGCUCCGAUCAACAGCGCGAGCUUGAAUGUCACCAGCGACAAUAACGACGACUCGCUGGUUUGGCUGGCACUGUUUGGCAACCCAAACGUCCAAGAUCCUGAUCAGCUCCCAUGUCCUGAUGGACAGCCUUGUGUCGAGAAAAGCUUUCCAUCAGCGGAAGGAGGAGAAAGUCUCUUGGCUGACACAUCCUUUAUUAAAUUCACGGCCGAGGAAGGUUUUAUUCUCGACACAUCAGACUCGAGUGUAUUAGAUAAACAGCGCGUGACUUACGUGUUCACCGAACGGACCAAGGAGGACGACAAAAGGGCGGUCUGUCGCCGUGUACUAAGGGACGUGCGGGGAACCUGUAGUAGAGGACUUUGCAAAGCGGGAACUAAUGUUAUCGCAUUAUUGACGCAGACUUCUUUUGGGAGAAAUGAAAACGGGAAAACAUUGAAAUCCCAGGGUCAAGCUCGCGUCGACCUGCAAGGUAUGUUCACUAAAUACGGGAAGCGAUGGGCCAAUUUGCAGGUCCAGUGGAAUGGCGUCCAUCCAUCUCCGACCUCCUUUGGCAACGCCUUCAUCCAAGCCGAAACGACAUUCCCCAUUCGUUUAAUUCGAAGCGCAUUAGUCCGAAGUGUGCAGAAAUGUAUCAAAGUUUGGCUUGAAGUUGCCCCAAAAAAGGUUCCUAAUGACCCAUAGUAGCACGCCACUUUCGUAGGAAUCAGUUGAAAAUUGAUGAUUAUUUAUUUAUGAUUAAAAUAGUAUAGGACCCUGAACCCCCGCAUUUGACAAAACAAAUAUACCAUAUUCAGCAGCA